CGGCCUUCUUCGGUCCAUGCGACCUCUGCCCAAUACUGUGGCUAAAAUUCUUCCGUCCUGACGAAGAAAACAAAUAACAAUAAAAAAAUAUUGCAAGAAUGACACUCGUUUUUGAAAGACACUGAAUUUUGUCCUUCCCUUUACGCUUUCGAAUUCGUUCGAAAUUGCUGCUGCUGGAAUUCGAACUGGGGUGGAUAGUGUGAAAAUGAAAGAACUGGAGGGAGACAAAUCCAAAGGAGGCACAGGCACAGGUUCGUACGUGGAUCCAAAUCUUCCCAGAUGGCAGUGCCAGAUGUGCAGACACCCUCUCUCUGUCAUCGGGGCAGAGGCCUAUGCCGAAAAAUUCACCUCCGAAUCUUAUCGCUCAGGGAUGCAUGCAUCAUCAAUCCAUGGCACUGCAAGUGUAUUGGGAGCUAGUAGAAUGGACCAUUCAUUUGUCAUUUUGUCUAAGCAGAAGGCCCCUGGAUUUCCUCCUCGGCCACGACCAAGUGGAAUUCAUAACCAUGGGUCUAUUCCAACAGCUGGCCCACAUCAGUCUAUUAAUCAUGCAUUGGGACAUUCAGAUAAAAGCUUUCCUGGGCAUGCUGCUAAUAUUGGAUCUGACAGCCAUGGUACAAAGGCAAUGGACGAAUCAUUUGUUGUAUUGCCAUCUGCAGCUGCUUCUAUGUAUAGAUAUGAAUCUUCUCCUGAAGGAGGCGGUGUUCAUAGUCCAAGUUCCAUUGGAAGUUCUACCAGCGCACUCCACACAAAUAAUGCUGGUUUUAAUUCCAGCAUAACAGUUUUGAAUCGGGUCUUUGACAUUGUAUCUUCUCAGACACAGGUUGAUCAGCCUUUAUGUUUGGAAUGCAUGAGGGUUAUGUCUGAAAAACUUGAUAAAGAACUUGAAGAUAUUACCACGGAUAUUAAAGCCUAUGAAGCAAGUCUUGGGCGCCUGGAGGAAGGGUCACUUGAUGGACUUAGUGAGAGUGAUUUCUUACGAGAAAAAGCAAAGAUUGAAGAUGAAGAAAAGAAAUUAGAAGCAGCAAUAAAAGAAGUUGAGAAACAGAACAUGGAUGUCUCAAAUCAGCUUCAGGAACUGGAAAUAAAAUCUAAACGAUUUGAGGAACUGGAAGAAAGGUUUUGGCACGGCUUCAAUAAUUUCAGGCUGGAACUCAUUAAUCACCAGGAAGACCGUGAUGCCAUUUUAGCAAAGAUAGAAGUCACUGAAACACAGCUAGAACAAUUAAAACAGACAAAUGUAUUGAAUGAUGCUUUUCACAUUUGGCAUGAUGGUGAUUUUGGGACAAUAAACAACUUCAGAUUAGGUCGGCUUCCUAAGAUACCGGUUGAAUGGGAUGAAAUAAAUGCUGCAUGGGGUCAAGCAUGUCUCCUGCUUCAUACGAUGGCCGUGUAUUGUGGCUGCAAACUUCCAUAUCGGAUUAUUCCAAUGGGAAGUUAUCCACGCAUGGCUGAUAGUAAAAACAAUAUCUAUGAACUGUAUGGUCCAGUAAACUUGUUUUGGAGCACUCGCUAUGAUAAAGCCAUGACAUUCUUUUUAGCAUGUCUGAAGGAGUUUGAGAACUAUGCAAAUGCAAAAGACAGGGCUGCAAACGUUGCACUAGACAAGUGUGUUAAAUUUCCAUACAGGAUUGAAAAUGACAAAGUGGAGAAUUACACCAUCACUCAAAGCUUUAACAAGCACGAAAAUUGGACAAAAGCAUUGAAGUAUAUGUUGUGUGAUCUAAAAUGGGCUCUAUAUUGGUUUAUUAGUAAUUUUGGUUUCCAUUCUCCUGGUGCUGGUUUUACAAAUUCAGGGGCAAGUUCAGUGCAUUCAAAAGUUGCAUCUGAACUUAAAAAACAAAGUCUAGGUUCAUCACGCACUCGGCAUGACACUGUUCUUUCUGGGAAUACAAAAUAGCGUGAAGAAGAAGUACAAAUUCUCUCAGGGGCAGGGUUAAAAAUUCCUCUACAUCGACAACUAUCAGAGGACUAACUUGGAUUGCUUUAUGUGUAUGAACACACUGAAGCGUGAUGUGAGAUCUAUCAUGUUUGGUUGGUACUUCUUUCCAGUGUUGACAUUAUUUCUCCAUCUAAGUUCUGAUUAAUUUGUUAGAGCUAUCUAGGUGCUGAAAUCCUUAAGUGGAUGAGAAGUUGACCAUUAUGUAGGAGACCUAACUUGAGUAAAUUUAAAUGUUUUAACAUACGAAUGAAGGAAAGGCAAACUACACUAAAUGGAUGAGAUUAUACAAAGCAAGCAUAUCGAAUUCUCGUCUUUUAAAAAAAGUUAUGUUACAACACGAUAAUAUUAAGAAAUUAAACAUCGAGUUAUAGCA